CACGCUUCCGGUUUCGCCAACUUUUCCUUUUUUCACGUGCUGCCGGAAAGCAGCGUGUUUUAUUUGCCCGCGCUGCUUCAGAUAUAAACUUGCCCUUGUAGUGUCACUUGUUGGCGAAUCAUAGUUAAAUGCCUUACGAUUUCCAAAAAGAGGAAGAUGUUAAAGAAUUCCUUGAAAACUUGGGCAUUGAGUACCGUUUCGAGUGCUUCAAGGAGAAAAAGCCGGACGGGUGCCAUCGCCUGGGUGACUAUCUGGAGGCUAUCAAGAAGGACUUCGCGCGCGCCUGCAAUGUGUACAAAAACAACUGUGAUGACUACAAGCACGGCAAGAGCUGUUUCAAGUACGCCAAUUACAAGCUCGUCGGCAAGGGCAGCGCGAUGGACAAGGUCGAGGCACAACGCUACUACCACCUUGGCUGCGAGGCGGGUUACGCGAAGGCGUGCUUCGGCGUGGGCCUCGGCCUCACCAGUCCGGACAGCGGGUUGGAACAGGACGUGUCUAAGGGACUCGCUUUCUUCUCCAAGGCGUGCGACAUGGGCUCGGCCGACGGCUGCUACUUCGCCAGCUCUCUUUACAUCACCGGAAGAGAGGAGCUGCCGCGCGAUAUGCGGCGUGCCUUCGAGUUCGCCGUGCGCGCCUGCGAUCUGAAGAACAUGCAGGCUUGCUCCAACGUGGCUCUAAUGUACGCCAGGGGACACGGGGUGAGGAAGGACGGCAGCCAGGCCGAGCGAUACCGAGCCAUCGUCAACGAUUACAACGAGCAGCUGAAGCAAAACAGGGGCAUCGAAAUGGAGCAGGGCAUCAAAGACUGACUGCCUGUAGGCUCGUGCUGCAGGACGGCUGCGGUGACGAAGGGACACCGUGUUGACAGACUAACAGUGUACUGCUCCGUAGCUCAAACACGGCCAUGGGAAAAACGUAGCCAUGAAACAUAGACGAGAAAAAUGGUGACAUGAUGCGAGCUUAAUGAGAGCAGAAUUUUGGGCAAGUUGGUAAUCCAUGUCUUCAGUACGACUGCGCAAAAAAAAAAAAAAAAAGA